UCACUGCAGCCCCGCUGUGCCUGCGCCCUGAUUGGUUGCCUUCCGGCGAUUCGAGGUCACGCGACCGACCAAUCAGAAAAGGACGCAAAGGCGAUGGCGGGCAGCGUGUGCGCGUGUGCCCAAGUCUGUGCCUACCCUUCGCAGGCAAAGGCAGCACUAUGCGUUCGUCUGAAGGUAAAAAUAAUUGCUGCUGACGCAGAAGCUGGUGUUAACACACGGCGCGCAGGCACAUACGGACGGCCACGUAUCCCAAUUCUAACGCCAAUGGCUAUCGAUGCCAAUCACGAAGAACUCCGGGGAGAGCUAGCUGCAACUCCGCGGAGCAUAUGCAACAAAAAGGACUGA